AUGGCGGCAAAGGACGGCAGGGGGAGGCGGCGGCCGACGACAUCACAGCCAGUGUGGAGGACGGUUGCUGGAGGCGGCCGGCGACGAGAGGAGGGCGACCAGCGGCCCACAGCGGCCAGCAGGAGAAGGGCGACUGGAGGUGGGAGCGAUGGCCGGUGGAUGGCGACCGGCGAGAGGAGGACGGCCGGAGGCAAGAGUGAUGGCCGAUGGACGGCAGGCGAUGGCCCACGGCGGCCGACGGUGGGAGGUGAACGGCGGCCGGAGGCAAGCAGCAGCAAGAGGAGGGCGACCAGCGGCAGGAGACAGUGGCCGGUGGAUGGCGGUGGCGGGAGGAGGAUGGCCGGCGGCAAGAGACGGUGGCCGAUGGACGGCGGGCGGCGACCUACUGCGGCCGACGGUGGGAGACCGCGAAUGGCGGGAGGCGGGCAGCAACAGGAGGAGAGCAGCCGACGGCGGGAGACAGUGGCCGGUAGACGGCAGGUGGCAGCCGGCGGUUGGAGUAAGGCGGCCGGCAGCGGGAGAUGGCGACCGACGGUGGGAGGCGGGCGGCGGCCGAAGGAGGGCGGCCUGCUGCGGGAGAAGGCGAAUGGCGGGAGGCGGCGGCCGGCAAGUGAGUGGCGACGGGCGACAGGUGGGCUACUGGCUAGUAGCAAGGGCGAGCGAUGA